AUGUCGUCCAUCACAAAGGAGAGCCUUCUCAACACGGACAGUCACCGCACAAUGCCCGCCGACGCCAACGGUCGCGUCCGGAGUGCCUCGGCCCUUGCCGAUGACGACUUGAAGCACGAGGAUGGCGGUCCUGAUGUCAGGAUGGCCGAUGCGAAGCCUACGUACAAAUCGUGGAAGAAGAAGUACCGCAAAAUGCGCAUCAAAUUCGACCAGAAAAUGUCACAGGGCGAGGAUCUCUAUCAACAGGAAGUCAAAGCCAUGAGGAAAAUCAAGCAAUUGGCUAUCUACAACGACCGUCUUCUUGAUUUGCUCACAGACAUCAACAAUCGGCCACAGGUCCCCCUAGAAAGACGCAUCGAUGUUAGUCUCGAUAUUCCUUCCGAUGCCGAGGAAGGUUUCAUCUUGGACAUCGACAGGGAGCCGCGACCUGGCCCUCGACCUGCCAAGUCCCUGAAAGAACUUAUCAAGGACACACCACACCUGGAUUUCGCUGCCACCGCUGAGCGCCUUCCCGAGCUCGCAGCCGACCUUCUUACUGGUAUCGACUCGCCUGCUGCCGAGGCCACCCACCAGCAACACCCUCCUUCGUUCCUGACUGCCGACGACAUUGACAACUACCUGUGGGAGGUCGAUAUGCAAGCCAAGGCAGAGGCCGACGAGCGCGGCGAGGACGUCGAAAUGCUUCCCACACUUGCUCCCCUAGCCCGAGAGAGCGGCGUUGGCGGCUACGGCGCAUCGACAAGAGGCGCCACGCCCUCCUCAGCGCCACCCAAUCACAAAGACACGUCUGCUGCCGGUGCCAGCAGCAUCAGCACGACGAGUCGAGAUUUUGCCCUGCGGAACCCGGUGAGCGUGUACAAUUGGCUAAGAAAGAACGCACCCAAGACAUUCCUCCAAGACAACGAAGUUGGCGAGGAGAAGAAAGAGAAGGGCCACAGCGGUGACAAGCAGUCGCGCAAGGCCCAUCGUGCGGCGGAUGACGAAGAUGACGACGAGGAGACUCGUACACCCGCUCGGAAGGUGGGAGGCGGCGGCCGCAAAGCGAGCGGCGAAGGUGGACGGCCGAGCACAGGGGCAGGCCGCGUUAAGGGCGAGCGGGCAUCCAAGACGGAGCGAGUAUCCAAGAGAUCCAAGGCCGUGUCCGGUAAGGCCAAGCGGCAGUCGAUGGAUGAGACCAUGUAUGAUCUGGACGAAGAUCUUGGUGUAGGUGCGAAGGCAUCCGCCAGCAAGGGCAAGCGCAAGCGCGUUGCCGUGGACGACGACUCGGGCUACCGCCCUAAGGGAGGGUCAAGCCGCAGGCCGACUAAGAGACGGAAUAAGAACAACUCUGUCAGCUUGCCCUCGGCGGGCGGCGCCGGCCCCGACGACAGCAUCGAGGCUGCCGGAAAAGCCGAAAUAUCUGCAGCGAAAAAGGCGGCGAGGGAGCAGGAGCAGGAGGAUGCACAGUCCGCAUCGGCAUAUGCAGAUGCGCAGCUCGAUGACUAG